AUGGCUGCUCACGGCCCCAUUAAUGGCGUCAAGAUAUCACCCGUCGAUGAUCCCCGCAAGAUCGUCAAGGUUGUCGCUUCCGACGGCAAGUCGGGGGACAUGCGAGACCUCGUCUACACCAAUUGCAAAGUCGUCGGAAAUGGCUCCUUCGGCAUAGUCUUUCAAGCCAAGCUCCUCGACGAACCGGAGGGAUCAUCUGAGAUUGCCAUUAAGAAAGUUUUGCAGGACAAGAGGUUCAAGAACCGUGAAUUGCAAAUUAUGAGGCUUGUCAAACACCCCAAUGUAGUCGACCUCAAGGCCUUUUUCUACUCUAACGGUGAUAAGAAAGAUGAAGUGUAUCUCAACCUUGUACUCGAAUACGUACCCGAAACUGUCUACAGGGCCAGUCGCCAUUAUGCCAAGCUCAAGCAGCCCAUGCCAAUGCUACAAAUCAAGUUGUACAUGUACCAACUACUCCGGUCCUUAAUGUACAUUCACGCUAUUGGCAUCUGUCAUCGAGACAUCAAGCCGCAGAACCUUCUCCUCAAUCCUGCGACGGGUGUUCUCAAGCUCUGUGAUUUUGGCUCAGCCAAGAUCUUGGUUGCGGGCGAACCCAACGUCAGUUAUAUCUGCUCGCGAUACUACAGGGCGCCGGAGCUCAUCUUCGGUGCAACGAACUAUACUACGAAUAUCGAUAUUUGGUCAACGGGAUGUGUCAUGGCCGAGUUAAUGUUGGGGCAGCCACUCUUCCCGGGCGAGAGUGGCAUUGAUCAGCUCGUGGAGAUCAUCAAGGUACUCGGAACACCUUCACGGGAGCAAAUCAAGACGAUGAACCCCAACUACAUGGAACACAAGUUCCCGCAGAUCAAGCCUCAUCCCUUCUCCAAGGUCUUCCGGCCUCGUACGGCAGCAGAAGCCAUCGAUCUCGUGUCAAAGUUGCUGGAGUACACACCUGAGGCGCGGUUGAGCGCUGUAGAGGCGAUGUGCCAACCCUUCUAUGACGAGCUGAGAGUAGAAGGAGCAAAAAUGCCUAACGGGAAGGACUUCCCUCCACUCUUUGACUUCACUCGGGAAGAGCUGUCAGUGCGACCAGACCUGACGCGGCAGCUUGUGCCCCCUCACUGCGAGAAGGAGCUGGCCUCACGUGGGAUUCAUCUGGACAACUUCGUGCCGAUACCACUGGAGCAGCUGAGGAUCUCUUUGGAUUGA